CUGACGUGACGGGCGGCGGCGGCGGCGGCGGCGGAGGGAGCGAGCGAAUGAGCGCGCGCUGAGGUACCUCGGCAGCCGUGGCCCGUGGCGCUCCGGGGCCGCCAGCAUUCGCGGAGGCAGCGUAGCUGGAAGAUUGUCUUCUUUGCCUUGGACCUUCACCUUGGACGGUUAAAAAUGGCCAGCAAAGGCCCUACCGCCUCCACCUCUCCUGAGAGCUCCAGCACAGGGGGCACAAGUGGCAGCAGUAAUGGCCCUGGAGAUAAUGGCAAUCAGGACAGCACUUUUGAAUGCAACAUCUGCUUGGACACAGCCAAGGAUGCUGUCAUAAGCCUAUGUGGCCACCUCUUCUGUUGGCCCUGUUUACAUCAGUGGUUGGAGACCAGACCUAACAGACAGGUGUGUCCAGUAUGCAAAGCCGGGAUCAGCCGAGAUAAAGUAAUCCCUCUGUAUGGAAGGGGCAGCACUGGGCAGCAAGAUCCCAGAGAGAAGACACCGCCCCGACCUCAGGGACAGAGGCCAGAGCCAGAGAACCGAGGGGGAUUUCAAGGCUUCGGCUUUGGAGAUGGCGGCUUCCAGAUGUCUUUUGGAAUUGGAGCCUUUCCUUUUGGGAUCUUCGCCACAGCAUUUAACAUAAAUGAUGGACGGCCUCCUCCAGCUGUUCCCGGGACUCCCCAGUACGUGGAUGAACAGUUCCUGUCUCGGCUUUUCCUGUUUGUGGCUCUGGUGAUCAUGUUUUGGCUUUUGAUCGCAUAACUGUGUGUCUGCGUCCUGGGGAAACAGCAGCAGCUUCACCCACCCCAUGUCGAACCCCUCACUGCCCAGCCUCUGAGCUCAUCCGGGGCCCAGGAAUCAGUGGGGUCAGCAACCCUUGGAGGAGCCUGGCUUCUGGGAGCAGAGCUUUGGAAUGAAAUGAGCUAAAUUUUGGUUGAAGAGUCCACGUUUCCAUGGGGUCCCUGCCAGCCUCGGACCUGGGACAGAACAGCUUAGAGGUCUCAUGGCAGCCAGCUCAGAGGGAACUGAUCUGAAGUGGGGAAGGGCUGGGGAGAGGCAAGCCCCCUUGGUCUAAUCUGUAUGAGCGUCGUAUAAGUAAAGGGAAGGCCCAGAUGGUAUUUCUCAGACCUGUAGAUCUCAUCUCCUUAGACAGGAGUCUAGCCUGACUCCCCAUGUGAGCAACCUAUGCACUUGCCAGCCUGACUCCACAGUGGCAGGAAAGGGGGUCAGGGGUGAGGCUCACCUUCUGUCCCCAGCCUCGCUCCCACCCCCCAUCUCCCACUGCCAUCUUCCUCCCUGCUCCUCCUCUGAUUCCUCUUUUGGAGCUGGGAGCAGGUAGCAAUAGACUACCAGGUUGGGAGAAUUGGCAGCAGGGGUCUGGGAGCUUGGAGCAUUUCAGUGACCCAGACAGACCCUUGGGCUUUCUUCUGGCCUUGGAAAGGCAUUGGCUACCUCCUUCCCUGGUAGAGACUCAGCUUGGAGGCUUCCUGCCCCCUUCUUGAGGGCUUCUUUCUACAGGAGGAAUAAUUCCAGGCCCCAAAGACAAACCUUUUUUCAGGCUCCUGAGGAUCUCUUGCCAAUAAAGAAGAGGGGAAAUUUGAGCCACUAAAUACUCUUUCCAAGAUUCAGUUUAAGCUUUAGUUAUUUGCAUCUCUCCAGGAAGAAGAAAAUCUGCCUUCCCAGAAGCAGCCCCUGGGCAGAGGCCCUCUAUACCUCCAGGCCUGUUUUCUUUCUGUAAGAGAGCAGGUGGGGGAUGCUCAUUGCCAGCCAGCCUCAAUUGGCCUUUCUUCAGCAGGGCCAUAGACAGAGAGGAUCUCUAAUGAGUCCAGGUUGGUGUGGGUUUACCAAAAUUCAAGGGCUCUAUAGAGUCCACUGAGAAUCUCUUACACAUUUCUCUUAAAAGAGACACUUCCUGUUUGCUGCCAAGGUUGGGUGACUCUUAACGACUCCUGAAGGGGGAGAGAUGCCUUAGAUCAUUACUUAAUUUUCCUUCCCUCCUUACACCUCUUCGUUGAGAAUCUUGGGAAGAAAGUUACCUUAGUAUAAUAAUUGGUUUGGUUUCUUGUUUGAAAACAACUUUUUCUUUGAAUCUGAUCAGUAAGAAGGUAGGGUGCUGAACGGUUCCUGGCUACCAUCUCAUCUAAUUCUCUGUCCUCCUCUCUAUGUCUGUGUCUCAGCCUACCAGAAUGUCUUUAGGUCCAAAAGGAGUCCCAGCAUUGCCAUGGAGGAAACCCAGCCCCAGAGUUUCUCUGGGGUUGGGGAUUUCUUCCUUAUAUGAAAUCUGCCACUCCUGGCCCACUCCUCAUUCUUUAGAAAUAGAGCCCAGAAGGAACUCUGGCCUCUGCUUUGGCAGCAUGGAGUCCAAAGAUGCCAGGAAGAGGGAACGAAUGUACCCCCCCCCCAACCUGUAUCCUCCCCCCAGGCUCCCCUCUCCAAAGCCCCAGCCCAGUCUCAAAAGGCUCAGAACCAGCUAUUCUGUAGGGGUCAUAUUGGUUGAGUUUAUUGUGGAAAUGACCCAAUGAGAGAGACACAGCCAGGCGCUUAGCUGGUGCCCAUGUGUCUGAUCCAAGAUCCCCAUAGGGACCCCCCCCCCCCACUUUCAGAUGAUCUUUCAUCAGCCCCCCACCCACCAAAAUGGCCAGAUCCAGGAGGUCCUUGGAGUGUGAAGCCAGGGCUUAGGAGUUUCAAACAAGGUUAUUGGCCAGGUAGUGGCACAGUGUCCCCUCCUGGCUGUGGGAGACAGAGAUGGAGUUGGAGGCCAGAGGCAGGAGGAGGGAGAUCACAUAAAGAAAGUGGAAUCCCUUGGAAUCUACACACAAAGGCAGAGGGAGGUUAAUCACAGGCUCAUUUACUUUGGGGCUGGGCCAAGGCAGUGACCACAGCAGGUUUGGAACUGCCAGCUCAGUCCUGGGCCCCUUGGCCAUUCAGUGACCUUACACUUCUUCCUUUUCCAGGUUAAUGCAUUUCUUCCUUUGGGAGCUCUUGGCUCUUUUUCUCCCUUUUGUUCCUUUGUAUCAAUUAGGACUGUGCUCUGGCCACAGACCAUCAAUGACACUAUGUACCUUGAGAUACAUUUACCGGUUACUAAUUUUCACUGUUGUGAAAGUGAUUUGAUUUAGAAAGAAAAAUUAAAAUGGUUUUACAUUGAAA